AUGUACACCAUGAAUCGAAGAAGAUUGAGUGAUAGAUGUAUAGAAGACUAUCUAGCGGCCCUAGAAAAUGGAUAUAUAUCGGAAGAUGACGAAGAUAUGGGUGAUGAAGAUGAUAUUGCGUACUAUCCUGAUCUUGCUGAUUUGCAGCGGGAUUUGGAGGACGGGGAAGACGAGGCAACUGCUGGAGCUGACUUGUCUGAAGACGAGGCGAGUGCUGUACCUUUCCCAUCUGAGCUUGAGGUUCCUCCAUUGAUAGAGACGUCAGUUCAUUUUUAUCGUCAACCUUAUAUGCGCGUUGCCACAAACCAAAUAUUGUGUAAGUGUGGAAGAGACUGUUUCGGCACGAAUGGGUCGGCUCGACCGGAGUAA